UAACGGUGUAGGAUAACAUUACGGAUAUUAAUGUUAAUAGACGGGGUUAUUUCACAUUUUUAACCCGCGCUAGUUAAAUCAAAAAUAAAGCAGGCGUAAACCCCUUGUAUUCUUUAGACUACUGCUGUCAUAUGUAUUAAUUGCCUUGUAUUUAUGUAACUCAUUGUUUUUAUUGUGGAAACCCUACAGUGUUUGGAUCAAGUGACAACGAUGAAGCAGGACAUUGAUACUGUAAACGUUCCUGCAUGCUUCUUAUCAAGCCAUGUAGGUUUUCUUGGAAGCAUCAAAAACUUUAUCAAAGACUUUGUGGUGACAGAGAUAGACAUCAACGGACAGCAGGUUAAUACAGUAGCAGCCACACAGACACCAGACUGUGCCGCCUCAUAUAAAAACUUUGAAACAAGCACAGUGUGUAAAGAGGAUAAGCAUUCAGUCUUACAGGAUACAGAGGUCUUAGCUGAUUGUGGGGUAGAUGUAGCCCUACCUAGUCCAGAGGGUUUUGAUUUAGGUGUGAUUCUAGGCCAGUCAGUCAGUGACGAGUUAGAGCAGUUUGUGUUGACUCUUAAAGAUGAAAAGCCAACAAAGCAGGAGUUAUCCCUAGGAUCAUUUGCAGACAAACACCACAGAGCUAAUGUCCACCGGGCUGUCAGACAUCGCUUCCCCUUCCUCAUGACUGUCACCAUUCAGCCUGAGAUCAGAGUGAGGGAAGACCCAGAUUACCGAGCAUUGUCCCAGCUGGUCACAGAGGACGAAGCAGAGGACUUCUUCAGGUUCAUAGAUGCCAAAGUGCGAGGCUCGUCCUAUACAUUUGGACCUGAUGACAACAAGGAGCACAGGACAGCGGUCCACCACUUCCUGAGCCAAAGAUUUGGGAAACUGGUAGAGACUAAAAGCUUCAGUGACCAGGGGAGGACAGCAAUCUCAGUGAGACUGAGAGAGCGAAAGAGGCCAAAGAAGAGAAGUACAGAAGAGCGUGAAGAAGAAGAUAUUUACACUGCUUUCACUCUGUGUAAGGAGAACCUGGAGACUCUGGAGGCCAUCAGCUACAUGGCAGCAGCUCUCAGGGUCCUACCGUCAGACUUCACCUAUGCUGGGAUCAAGGAUAAAAGAGCCAUCACCUACCAGUCCAUGGUGGUGAAAAAGGUCUCUCCUCAACGACUGAAAGAGAAGACAGCAGAGUUUGAGAACAGAGGGAUGCGUCUGUCUCAGGUCCGCUCUGUGAGAGAGCCUCUCAGACUUGGACGACUGCAGGGGAACCACUUUGACCUGGUGGUCCGUGACCUGAGACCACACGGGGAUGGUGGCACGUGCUCCUCUGACGUAGACACACACACUUGCCUGGCAGCGCUGGUAAAGGAAGCAGUGGAGAAUGUCAAGACCAGAGGCUUUGUCAAUUACUAUGGACCACAGAGGUUUGGGAGCGGACAGAACAUUCAUUCCGACCAAGUAGGACUGGCUUUACUCAGAGAAGACAUGGUGAGUGCUGUGCAUCUCUUCUUCACUCCUGAUGAGGGCGAUGAGCCUCAGAGCCACGCAAAGAGACACUUCCUCCAAACAGAUAAUGCUAAGGAGUCUUUGGCAAUGAUGCCAUUGUCCAAGGCCAGGGAGCGGCUGAUGCUACGGGCCCUGAACCGUUACGGCACAGGUCCAGAUGGUUGUGCCAAAGCCUGGCUCAGCUUGCCCCACAGCAUGAGAGUCUUCUACCCACACGCCUACUGCAGCAGGGUGUGGAAUGAGGCAGCAGCUCACAGGUUGGCUACACUGGGCCACAGUGCUAGGGAAGGAGACCUGGUGUGGAUGCAGGAAGGGCAAAACAAUCUGGAGAACAGUGGAGAAACCAGAACAGCUCAGAUCCAUGUGGUGACAGACAAAGAUGAGCAAGAGGGCAUUUACACACUAGGACAAGUGUUACUACCAAUGCCAGGAAACACUGUGAAGUAUCCAGAAAAUGCCAUGGGGACUUGGUAUCAGGAGAGACUGGCCAGAGACAGACUGGAUAACUGUCGCUUUAGAAUCAGCAGCCUCAAACUGAAUUUGCCUGGCUGCUACCGACCUCUGCUGGCCUCGCCUCAUAACCUCUGCUACCAGCUUCAGAGAGAAGCCAGUAGGAAGGGAGGAGGAGAAGUGGCAGGAGAAAGGAAGCAAGAUGCAGGCUCACUUACUCUAACCUUAAACUUUGACCUGGACUCCUCCUGCUAUGCCACCAUCUGCCUCAGAGAGAUCAUGAAGUGUGACCCCUAGUGGUCAAGCUACAUUGUUCCUGUUGUAUCUGAGUGUACUUGGAGAGAAGGGGUUUUCCUUCUCUCUUUUUAAUGGAAAAGAGGCAGCUUUUUGUAAUCCAUCAACAUUGUUUAGUUCCUUCAUUGAAAGUGGUAUCAAUAACACUUCAUUUUCUUUGUUGAAAUACUAAAGCAUAAGAGUGUGAUUAUGUAGAUAGAGGAAGGAUAAUGUCCACUUGAUACAACUUCUAAAGAAAAUAGAUGCCAGAGAGAGCCAGAUGUGAACAAAUCUGAAUGCAUGUAAACAGUAUUUGU